AUGUUCCCCACUCCUCUCCUCUCCUCCCUGCUGGAUCUGGAUCGGGAGGAGGCCGAUCCCCUCGCCCCUCCACCACCGACGCCGCCUGGCCCACGCCCGAUCCCUUGCCGCGCCGGAGCCCCACCUCGCCCGCGCGACCGCGCCCGAGGAACUGUCGCCUGCCGCCGACCCCCAGCGCCCGAGGACGACCCCGCCGUCGCUUCUCGCCGCCACCCGGAGCUCCUCCGCCUCGACUCCGUCGACGCACGCGUCCCCGUCCUCCUCCCCGACGGCCUCCCUCGAGCCUCGUCGCCCCCUGGUCUCUACUUGACCGUGAGGACCCCAACCCCUCUCUUCUCCCCUCUGCUCCCUACCCCCCUGUCCACCGCGCUGCCCACGCCCGCGGCCGCCGUCCGGCUUCCGCGCCCGCGAUCACCCUGA